CAUAUCAACACAAUUAUAUUCUCGUAUGAUCCUAAAAUCCAAAUAAAGACUCCUCAAAUGAAGACAUGGCCUCUCCUACUUCGCAAUUGCUGAUAAAUGAAGGCGAACUCAAUGAAAUUCUACGUAUAAUUAGUGUCGCAAAAGACGCCGAGUUAAAGAUUGUCGGCAAUCUAUUUGGAUUAUGGAGACACUCUUUAAUGCAGCCUGUAGUUCAUCUCAUCACAGGACCUGGAGAAAGAUCCACAAUAUCAAAGAAAACGUUUAGCCCUGAUGGUGUCUAUCAUCUUGGAAUGAAGAAAUACUUGGAACAACAACAUGGUUUGUUGCAGAUAGGUCUAUGGUGUUCCGGAAAUUCUAACCGCUACCCUUCACGUAAGUGCAGUAAGAAACUCUAAUGUAUCUAUAAUAUGUAUAUCGUAAAUCGUAGAAAUCAUGCAAUACAAUAGUCACAUCCAAAAUGGCAAACCGUUUCAAUGAAGUACUUAUCAUAUUUCUGCAUGAACUUGUUUACCUUGAUACGUAGUAAUUUCAUCAUUCCUUACAACGACUAAAUAAACACUUCUCAAAAUAUUUACCGUUUUCGGAUUGACUCAGAGGGAUUGACUAUUGUAUUGUAUUAAGGCUAAUGCUAACACUGCAACAGUAUCGUUAUACCUAUAUUGCUAUAAUCUAUAUAAUCGCAGAGUUUAAUAUAAAUAUUCGGCGAUUGUCCAAGCAAAACAACAGUUUGGCACCGGGUAUUCUGCCAUUUUGAUUUGAAUAAUUUAUCCUUGCAAAACAAAACACAUCUCUUACUAAUCUGUUAAUACUCAUGCAAACAAAGUUUUCUUAAUUGGAAUACACUAAACUAAGAUUUGUGAAUGAAACUCCUUUCAACUUUGUAAUGUUGUUGAGGUAUAUUGAUCACAUGGCUAUAUUAUUUUAAAUGGUUAUGUUAUUUUGAAUGACUGUAUUAUUUUGAAUGGCUAUAUUAUUUUGAAUUUAUAAUUACAUUCAAAUUUUGUAUACAAUUAGUGCAUGAAACAAAUCACAAUGCAAUAUACUAUACAAUGUUUCUUUUUUUGAGUUCUCAUUAUAGAAAUAAUUAGUUUCCGAUCAUGUCUGAAAAGUGAAUUGGUCUCACAUAUUGUCAGACAUUGGUCUGACAUAUUGUCAGACUCAAUUUUCAAUAUAUUAAACUCUCUUUCUCUCUCUCUCUCUGCUUAUAUGAGCACGAGCAAGCAAAAGUAUUUCUCGAUUUUAUUGAUCACCAAAUAUAGCCACAAGACCACAAUAUAUAAUGGAAAGAACUUAAUGAACUUAUGGAAAGAACGUUAUUCGUCGCAUGCAUGCACUUAAUUGAUAGCUCUAUAUAAGUGCAUUGGUGAAUGAAUUCGUUUCUUAUCGCCAGUGCAAUCGGUUUUGCAUGAGGAGCUUCAACCUUGAGUCUAUAUGCGGCGAAUGUAUAAUGAUGCAUGCACUUUCAAGAUUAUCCUCGUUUUAUGAAGGAUAUGUGACAUGUGUACAAUGCGUUUAAUUAUCUAUUCUUUAAGAGGAACAUCUAUGUUAUCUUUACCAAUGUCCGGAACGACUAAAUAUGGUGGAAAUUACAUGCAAAUACCAGUGUAUUGUUGCAUGGGUGGCUCUGUACACUGGAUUUCCUUUAUAUAAUAAUUGAUUCAAGAGAGCAACUUCUCGAUAUCAUUACGACUAAUCCGUUAAUAUAUAUAGACAUGAAUGUAUCGUUAGAUAUAUAGAAUGUGGUUACAUUUCUGAUUUCUUAUUCGAUAAUUAGCCUCAGAAUAUAUAGUUCUAUUUUAUUAUAUGUUUGUAACUGUUUAAUUAUGCUGCUCGUUUAUGUAUAAAUGUAUGCAUACAGAUUGCAUCCAUGACGCUCUGUUAGUUGAAGUAAUUGUACCUAAAUCUGUCGAAAAUAAAGAUUUUCCCAUUAUAGUCAAUCGUGGUCAUCCAGAUUAUGAUCUUUACAACCCGUUAAUGCCGGAGAAAGGAAGAUAUGUUGUCUUGAUGUUUGUUGAUAAUCACACAAAAGGAAAUUUGGAAAUUGAAUAUCAAAUAAUUGACAGAGAAGGACAACAAUCAUCCCGAGUUGCUAGUCUGACCACUAGAGGUACUGUACGUUGUACAUGACAUUCAUAGCAUUGCCAUCCUUAUAAAUAAGUACAUUUCUUAUACAGUAACAUUUGGUAGGGAUUAGUCAAAUCACCAUUUAGUCCCCAGUUACACGAUACCGAAUUCGGAGCGAGUCGAGCGACAACUACUGUAAGACGAUUUUCGGCCUCUUACAUGCAACUUUUCAUAUUUGAAGUUUUUGACUAAUUCUGUUAUAUUAUCAUAAUUUUGAGUGCUGAACUCCCUUUGAAACUGUAAAAUUUAAUUUCGCUCCGAUGCAAAUCCGGUAUCGUGUAACUGGGGUCUGAAACCUCCUGUACACAUCGAAUUAAUUUGCUGAUUACGCCCAGUUUCUUUUCAAAAAUUUCCUGUGGCGAACACUUCCUCCGGUGUAUGGGAACCUUGGAGAAAUAAGGGAUUAAGGAUGACCAUUAGGGACCUCUAGGAAGAACAGUGUAGAAAUAAUAGAGCUAUCCAGUGCAACCUAUAGUUAAAUUCUGCUUUAUUAUUUUAGAUGUUCUUCCUGGUGCAAGCAGCUUUAGAUUACUAGAGCCAGUUUUUGAAAAAAUCAACCAACCUGGUGUAAAAUUUCCAUCACAACGCCACCAAUAUACUGGUUACUUUUCAACAAAUAUGCUACCGACGAAUGACCAUCAACCACCAGCGAAAAUCACACCAUCCUAUUCAAACAUCACACCAACCAAUGGCAAUGCUUACGUCAUACCAACUAGUGCUUACGUCAUACCAACCAAUGCUUACGUCACACCAAGCAAAGCGGCAGCCGUACCAGCAAGUAUGGGGCGACUUUCACAAUCGCACGAAUCAGAUGGUGGUGACAGUCUCUUCAAAAGUUUGGUAGAUGGCUUUAAAUCAACCACGUAUCUGUAGAGAUGUCUAGGGAUUCAUGCAAUGUAUAUAAUAUGUAUACAGGAUACAGAUCGCAACAUUUUCCUGUAGAUUUUCCAACUGCAGAUCGAAAGUUCUUUACCUGGUUAAAUGAUCGCUGAAGGUUUAUCAGAAAUGCUGAUGAGAUAUGCAAUAGUAUUUUAGACAGACUUUUAGACAUUAUCACACAUAUAUAAUCUUAGAAGAGUCACAAUAUUAGUGACUCUAUAUAUGUUACCGCGCCUACUUUGCAAAUCAUACAAUUACAAUUUGAAGGUGAUGGACUUAGUUUGCGCUUAAAUUUAACCCAAAAAUGUUGAGAUAACACUACUACACUUUGUCUUGCCAGAAAGAGCACCACGCUAUAAAAUACUAGUCUGUUGCCUCAACUCGCCAAAAAGUAUUGCUUUGUUAUCGGUUGUGUAAAAACACAACAAUACACUGUUAAUUUCAGAGAGUAAGACUAUAGUUCGUAGAUAGUUCACCACUACGUAUGGAGAUAAAUUUAGGAUAAAACACUGUACUUACUACUUACCCUUGGAAAGAGCACCAGACUCCGCUAUGCUAUACAAGAAGUAUUUGUUUGCAUUAUUGGAGUAUAUGUUGAGACGCAAUCACACAGUGUUAAUUUCAGAGAGUAUAUGUAACUCCAGCGCAUGGGGUUAGGUUGGACCUAUGGAGAUUGUUGGGCAUUUCUCUCGAUAGAACUAAAAGUUGAAGGAGUUUGGUAGAUAGGAAUUUCAAGCGGAAGUUUAUAUGUAUUUCUAGCAUUGUUGUCCUUGACACACCAGAUUGUAGGAUACUCUGUCUUACUGAAUAAAUCGUACAUAGAAAUACUUUGCAUUCGGUAUGGGUAGCAUUUCAUUUUAACGAGUAUUAUUAUAAAUGCUCAUAAUUGAACAGACAAAGCGGACAUUGCUAUCUUAGUUCAAAAAGUAAUUUCUGAUUUUCUAGUUGUUGAACUAUUACUUCGAGGGCUAAUUUGAACGUUCCCAUGGGACGCGCGGUCGAAAAUGAAACCGGAAGAGUUCUUGGAACUGAUAUAUUUACCAGGAAAACCAAAACAGUAUUUUUUGCAACCUAGCAUAUUCUAUAUGUUAGAAAACACACCAAACUAAUGAGAGCAUUUACAUCAUUGCAUUUAUGUGCAUUUUGUAAAUUUUGAAUACAAUAUAAGUGAUUUUAACGUCUUUUUCAGUAAACAUUACGUGUCUUUACGUCUGUCCCAUAGUAAAUUAUACAUUUAUUUGCUAUAUAUUUACAGCGAUUUUGAAUUAAAUCUUUACCAAACAAGAAGGUUAAGCCUUUCUAAAUUACAAAAUAUACUUGUUCAAUGUAGCAGUCCUAUGAAUAAAGAGACGCACAACGUAGUCGUAACACGAUCGCAGCGCCAAUGCAGCGGUGAAGAGAUUUGACAAGUGGAACCACGGUGAAACUGAAACCAAUAAUAAUAGUUCAUUGUAGAGGACAAUGUUCAAGUCAUUUCCAUUGCCUGAAGAGCUAGACACACAGAUGAACAACCAAAUUAUACCACACAAUUUUGAACACAAUCGAUACAUAGUUAUAGACAUCAAAAGAGACAUUACUGAGUCAUAUGAAACAAAACGAAACUACCAAAUACUAAGAAAACGACACAAUACCAGGAAAUCACAAGAUCCAUUCUCAAAAUGUCUAAAUCGCCACAUUAUAUCAAACACUGUAUCAAAAUAUUUCUUCUAUAUCUGCAACAAGCGACGUUGUCGUUAUGUAGGUGAAACCAAAGAAUCCAGAGGCUGCCAUUUUCGUUGCGACGACAUUGUCUGGGUUCGGGGUUCUUGUCACUCGCAGUUUGCCAGUUUGUGGAUCAAAUUCUAGCUUCUCCGACGGCUCUUGUCCUCGCGCAACUUGGGAAAGAUGGCCUUGGAUAUCCUUGCUAUUAGACAUUUUUAUAGAAUACUUCUUCGGCGUUCAAAAUGAUUUUGAAUGGUCUUUCUCUCUGCGUAGUUCGCUCUAGAUCACUCGCUACGCACGAAUAAUUAACAAAUGCUGCACGCUCCUUUAUCUGUGCAAGAGCCCAGCCAAUCACAAGGCAGUGUUAAAAGGUCACAUGCAACAAUUAGCCAAUCACAAACGAGAAUCAACAAACCACGUGAUAAGG